ACAAACAAAAUCCGAACAUUAUGGUAGUUAAGAAUAUGGUAAUAAUCAGUACGACGGCGUUAACAUCAUUUCACAUUAACCGUUUUAACCACCACCGGCGGCGUCCCUUUUUCCGUCAGCCGCCGCCUCUCUCCUUUCCAUGCACUACACCCUAAUCUUCUCCAUUUCUUGAAAAAAAAAAAAAAAAAAAAAAUCCAUUGAUGGACUUGUAAAAAAAGAAACAAAAAAAAAAAAAAUCUAUGAUGUCUUCCAUCAACCAACAAGGUGCGAUGGAUCUGGAAAUGGGGUUACCUCCGGCCCCACAUCCAAUUUCUAACAUGAAUUACGCCGGCGAGCCAUCACCGUCACCGUCGCCACGAGCACCGGCCCUGGUGGUGUCACAUUCAAGCAAGUCCUUGAUUCCAUCAAAUUCAGGGAAAGCCCUGUUCGUGUCAAAUUCAGGGAAAGCAUUACUUUUAUCAAAUUCAGGGAAACGGAUGGAUCCAUCAGGGAAGAAAAAGUACGUAAAACAGGUGACGGGUCGACACAACGACACGGAGCUCCACCUGGCAGCUCAACGCGGGGACGUGGGUGCGGUUAGGGAGAUAUUAGGGGAAAUUGAUGCUCAGAUGUUGAAAACCAUGAGCGGGGCGGAGUUUGAUGCUGAGGUGGCGGAGAUAAGGGAAGCAAUGGUGAAUGAGGUAAAUGAAUUAGGCGAAACGGCGUUGUUUACUGCUGCUGAAAGGGGAUAUAUUGAUGUUGUUAAGGAGUUGCUUCCUUAUAGUACAAAGGAAGGGAUCACGACGAAGAAUCGUUCUGGUUUAGAUCCUUUGCAUAUUGCUGCUAGCCAAGGUCAUCAAGCUAUUGUUAGGUUACUGUUGGAGCAUGACCCAGAGUUGAGCAAGACAGUUGGUCAAUCAAAUGCAACUCCUCUAGUAUCUGCAGCCACAAAAGGGCAUACGGCAGUUGUCCAUGAAUUGCUUUCGAAGGAUUCUAACUUGCUAGAAAUAUCAAGAUCCAAUGGCAAAAACGCGUUACAUUUGUCUGCGCGCCAAGGCCAUGUGGAUAUUGUUCAAGCGUUGCUGGAAAAGGAUCCACAACUGGCAAGAAGAAUCGAUAAGAAAGGACAGACUGCUCUACACAUGGCUGUAAAAGGCGUUAGCAGUGACGUGGUGAAGUUGCUUCUGCAAGCAGAUCCAGCAAUUGUAAUGCUUCCGGAUAAGUUUGGCAAUACUGCGUUACAUAUUGCCACACGGAAAAAGCGUUCAGAGAUAGUGCAUGAGCUCUUGCUACUCGACGACACAAAUGUCAAUGCAUUAACAAGAGAUCACAGAACAGCUUUAGACAUAGCUGAAGGGCUUCCUAUGUCUGAAGAAUCCACUGAAUUAAAAGAGUGCUUGACUCGUUAUGGUGCUUGUAGAGCCAAUGAAUUGAAUAAUCAGCCUCGAGAUGAGCUUAGGAAGACAGUAACAGAAAUUAAGAAAAAUGUCCACUCUCAGCUUGAACAAGCUCGAAAGACUAACAAGAACAUGACUGGUAUUGCAAAGGAGCUUCAAAAGCUCCACAGAGAAGGAAUUAACAAUGCUACCAAUUCUGUAACUAUUGUUGCCUCUCUUUUUGCAACAGUAGCAUUUGCUGCUAUAUUCACAGUUCCUGGUGGUGAUCUUGAUUCUGGAUACGCUGUGGCGUCUAACACUCCCUCAUUUAAGAUCUUCUAUAUCACGAAUGCUCUUGCACUCUUCACGUCCUUGGCUGUUGUGCUUGUACAAAUCACAGUAGUCAGGGGUGAGACAAAAUCUGAGAAAAGAGUUAUUGGGGUGAUUAACAAACUAAUGUGGGCUGCCGCAGUUUUCACUACUCUGGCCUUUGUAUCUGCCUCUUAUGUAGUUAUUGGCCGGCGUAAUAUCUGGGCUGCAAUUUUUGUUACAGUUGUAGCAGGACUCAUUAUGGCAGGGGUUUUAGGUGCCAUGACUUAUUAUGUUGUGAGGUCUAAAAGGACUCGCAAAAUGAGAAAGAGGGAGAAGUUUGCAAGGACUAGAACCAACUCAUUUCCUCAAACGGAAUUAUCCGAUUCAGAUUAUAAUCCAAUGUUUGCUCUCUGAUUCAAGCUAGUGGUUUCAGAGUGUGAGAGUGCGUGUGUUUUAUCUCAGACAAGAUUCGAAGAACAGUAAUCUGUUGCUGUAGGUCGCUGCUGGAAAUACUGAACUGAAUUUCAGCAGUGUUCUAAAUGACUAUAUAUCUGGGAACUGGCUUGUUUACUUGCACUGCGAGUGAAACAUUAAUGGUAGGUGAAGAGAAGAGAAAGCAAUCACAGAAAUAGUUGAUUGUGGCUCUGAUGAACCUUGAGUACAAGCACUAUUGCAGAAGGUUUUUGUUUGUGAUAGAAGUGCAUAUUAUUUGAAUUUCUACUAAAGCAAAUAUACAUUGUCCCGUAUUCUUUUUUCGUUUCUCCUAAAUUCUUUUUUGUCGAUAAAAUUUUGCCUUAUUCUUUAUUGGUGUAUUUCUUUCCAUUUGAUCUCAGACUAUCAUCUUGUGAAGUA